AGCGUGUGAGUUGAAAAAAAAAAAAAAAAAAAAUUAAGAGAGAGACAAGAAAGAUGGUACUGUUGUAUAGUCUUAAAUUGAGGAAGAGGUAGUAGCAGUUGCCAUGGCGGCGUUUGCAGAAGCUGUAACUUUAAUGCACCAUAAAAGUCUACUGAAGUGCAACCAUUUUUACUCCCUUUCGAUUUCCCAAAUACAAAAAUGUCCUGAAAAAGCUACAAAGAGCUUAACAUAACCCCAAAAAACACACAGUACUGUGUGUAUUUAACACACGCAAAUUUCCAAUCAAAUAGCCUUAUAUGAAUAUCAUAGCCGUUUACUAGGCUGGAGGUUUUUUCUUUUGUUUUUUUUGGCUAUGGAUAUAGAGUCAAAAUUGAGCAUAGACAUAGCUAAGAAAUGUCUGGGUUUUUCACACUAGGUGGUAGUGGAGGAAAUAAAGGCCAACAACAGCAAGAAGAGCAAGAACAAUUAGCUACGAAUAGCUUGCUUUUAUUCAAAGACGACGAGAUCUACAACAAGGGUUUUGAAUUAUGGCAACAAUACUAUCAGUUGCAUCAACAAAGAGCACAACCUCCACAUCAUCAACAACAAGAUGUGGAUUUUUCAGUUGGUGUGGGGCCCAGUAGUAACCACAACAACAGAAGAAUCAUCAGUACUGGUAGCAGUAGCAGUAGUGGAAAUCACAACAUUGUCGGUGGUGAUGAUCAUAAUAAUAAUUAUAAUUCUUCUUUUAGAUCAUCAUCAGGGUUUAGGGUAAUGAGGAGUACUAGUAGUGGUGGAGCUAGUGGAGGAAUGAAUUGUCAAGAUUGUGGAAAUCAAGCUAAAAAAGAUUGUUCACAUAUGAGGUGUCGAACUUGUUGUAAGAGCAGAGGAUUUCAAUGCCAAACACACGUUAAAAGUACUUGGGUUCCUGCUGCUAAAAGACGUGAACGCCAACAACAGCUUACUCAACAGCAGCAACAACAAAAUCAGCAUCAAACUCAACAGCUUAGCUUGAGAGCUGAUCACUCUAAUAUCCCCAAAAGGCCAAGAGAAAAUCCGGGCUCAUCCUCUCAUUGCGUGUACUCGUAUAACCCAAUAUCUCGGUUAGAGUUAGGUGGGCACUUUCCUGCAGAAGUGAGUUCUCAAGCUGUUUUUCGUUGCGUAAAAGUCAGUGCAAUCGAUGAUGCUGAAGAUCAAUAUGCAUAUCAUACGGCUGUUAAUAUUGGUGGCCAUUCAUUCAAAGGAAUUCUGUAUGAUCAAGGGCUAGAGGGUCGAUAUAGCGGUGGUGGUGGUGGGGAGAGUUCAUCCGGCAGUGGCGCCGCUAAUCAACCGUUGAAUUUUAUAACCGGCGCCACUACUUCCACCACCGUAGCCGCCACCACGGGACACCACCACCAACCGGCUGUUACAAUGUACGAUCCUUCGGUAUAUCCAACUCCAAUUACUGCUUUCCUGGCCGGUACGCAAUUCUUUCCACCACCAAGACCUUAAGCAGAGACGGAUUCAGAAUUUAAAUUUGAAAAAUCUGACGUUUUGGUUUAGGGAAGGAUUAGAAAGGCCCUUGGAAUAAUAGUAUCAUUCUUGAUUUUGCUUAACUUCAUUGAGAUCCAUUUAGCUAAUGGAAGUAGAAACAAAUGUUUUAGUACUUCUCCAUCAAGUUAGACAUUGGUUUCUUAUAGGAUGUUAGUUUUCAAUUGGAAUUUCAAGUAUGACUUUUAUCUUGUUAUUAUUAAUAUAUGUUUGGUCUUAUCGAUAA